CGCACAAUACUGCGAGUCUACGAGGCUCCCGACUAGGUGACCAAGCGAAACAAAACCCCUAAAUACGAUCCGGACCCCGAUUCACCACAGGCUGACCCGCCGGCGUACCCGAUAUCAACCAGAAGAAUUCAGACUCUCUGCGGCACAAGUUUCAGUUCGCCCAGCCUUUGUCGUUUAGAGGUUCUCGCUUUCAACCCCAAAACAAUGGCGACUGUUAUGCAGAAAAUCAAAGACAUAGAAGAUGAGAUGGCAAGGACCCAGAAGAACAAAGCAACAGCCCAUCACUUGGGCUUGCUGAAGGCUAAACUUGCAAAACUUCGGAGGGAACUUCUUACACCUUCAUCGAAGGGAGGUGGUGGUGCUGGAGAAGGUUUUGAUGUUACAAAGAGUGGUGAUGCAAGAGUUGGUCUUGUGGGUUUCCCUUCAGUUGGGAAAUCAACACUUUUAAACAAAUUAACAGGGACUUUCUCAGAGGUUGCUUCGUAUGAGUUUACUACAUUAACUUGCAUUCCUGGUGUAAUCAUGUAUCGAGGUGCUAAAAUUCAGUUAUUGGAUCUUCCCGGUAUUAUUGAGGGUGCUAAAGAUGGAAAGGGUAGAGGUAGGCAGGUCAUCAGUACUUCUCGGACAUGCAACAUUAUCUUAAUUGUUCUAGAUGCAAUAAAGCCAAUUACUCACAAACGUCUUAUAGAGAAAGAGUUGGAGGGAUUUGGCAUAAGGUUGAACAAGGAACCACCAAAUCUGACAUUCCGCAGGAAAGAUAAGGGUGGGAUCAAUUUUACAUCAACAGUUACCAACACACAUCUGGACCUUGAAACUGUGAAGGCAAUCUGCAGUGAAUACAGAAUCCACAAUGCUGAUAUUAAUCUUAAGUACGAUGCAACUGCUGAUGACCUCAUAGAUGUCAUUGAAGGCAGCAGGGUAUAUAUUCCGUGCAUCUAUGUUGUCAACAAGAUCGAUCAGAUUACACUUGAGGAGCUGGAGAUUUUGGACAAACUUCCUCACUAUUGUCCAAUAAGUGCUCAUCUAGAAUGGAACCUUGAUGGUCUGCUGGAUAAAAUAUGGGAAUAUCUCAACUUAACUCGCAUAUACACAAAACCCAAGGGAAUGAAUCCAGACUAUGAUGAUCCCGUAAUAUUGUCGUCGAAGACAACGACAGUUGAGGACUUCUGCAACCAGAUACACAAGGACAUGCUCAAACAAUUUAAGUAUGCAUUAGUUUGGGGUUCGAGCGCAAAGCACAAGCCCCAGAGGGUAGGCAAGGAGCAUGAACUUGAAGAUGAAGAUGUCGUGCAAAUCAUCAAAAAAGUUUAAUUUUAUGAAACUUACAAUAGGCAUGUCAUUAUCUGUUGCAUAUGUCAUGAAAGUUGGAGUGGUAAAAUUAUUUCCUCUUGUGCUUUUCGUGCUGUUUUAGGCGUGAGACAAUGCAAUGGGGGAUAACUUGGUUUAUAAGGAAUUAUUUCCCUGCUUGCUUUCCAUGCCUUUUUUCCUUCUACUUUUGUAACGGGCAACUGCUUUUUUAAAAUAAGACUUGUAUUUGGAAUUGCAGAUUCAUUGUCGUGUAGCAAACAGGUCUAAUGUUUUCGAUAUGCAAUAUCGAGGUAUAUGAUGUAAUGGAUGUGACAUAUUGCGUCACUAAGGAGUAUAUUCGAAUGUUUUGGUUAUAUUUUCUA